AUGGAUAUUCCGGACCCAGGUGAGGGCGAUGUCAACAUUGGAACUAGCACAUUUCGGGCUUGCUGGGUCCUCACAGCCAUUGUCGGCCUGGCAUUGUUGUUCCGCUAUGCCAUCAAGAUCUGGGUCCGCUGGGCUUUGCCUGAAGUCACUGCACCCGGCCGAAUCUGGGGCACAGAGGACUUGUUCUUCCUUGUGGCGUGGGGUUUUGAUAUUACCCAUAUGGUAUUUAUUCAAAUGAGUGCCAAUUGGGGCCUUGGGAGGCAUUUCUUUUACCUGACUGCUGAAGAGCGUCUCAAUUCUAUGAAAUGGGACUUUCUUUCACAGCCACUGGCUGUCGCCUCGGCGAUGGUCUCACGCGCCGGCAUGAUGUGGUUUCUUUUAACCUGCUUUGCGGCGAGCGACAAGAAAAUUCGCCUGUCUAUUAUUAUCUGUGCUGUUGUGCAGGUUGUAGUCAAUAUGGUUACAAUCGUCCAGAUUAUUGUUCAGUGUGGACCGAACCCGUAUCAGACGACAAAUCGAGUGCAAUACUUCCACUAUAUGUGGACACCACUCCCUGAAGAUGGCUCCGUCAAGUGCCAGUCACCGACUGUCCAGACGACGGUUGGGUUUGUGCAAGGAGGAUUCAACACCGUCAUCGAUUUCUUCCUUGCCGUGCUAGCUGCUGUCGAGUUGUGGCAGUUCUUCUUGCGGACCCUCCACCGUAAUCCAGAAACCUCAUUCUGGUCCCAAUUCCGCAAAAUUAGUGCCACCGUCCGAUCCCGCCGGAUCUGGCAGACCAUCACUCUCAGUGGACCACUUAUCCUCUCCGGCUGUGCUUCUAUUGUAAAGACCUAUAAACUCAAGUCCCUCGGUGACAGGCAUGACUUCACCUAUAACAUCGUGACCUUCGUUCUCUGGGUAAAAAUUGAGAACUACAGCAUCCUUCUCGCCUCCUGCGCCCCGGUAGCCCGCCUCUUCCUCCGCUCCUUCGUCGAUCACAGACGCGAAGGUCGUACCCACGGCUACUGGUCUCGCUCCCGGUCAACGGACCAUAAAGAGCCUGAAACCGAGCUAAAACGCCGUGCCAAUGCGAAGGAGCAGUGGCUGGAUUCGGCUACGAUGACUAACAUGACCAUUACUUGUGUUCACGAUGAGGAAAAUCCGCCGAGUGGGUGGAGUAAACAUGGGCAUGAGCGCUCGAUAAGUCAAGUUUCGAAGGCGGAGAUGCCGGAGCAUGUUGGCGAUGGACGCGUUACUGUUAAAACGGAUAUUGUUGUCCAGGUUGAUGAUGGGAGGUCGAUUUCUUCGGGUGGGACGAGGUUGUUACCUGAUGGGGGUGAGUCUCAUUCUGUAGGGUUUCAUUGA